CUCAAAUCCUUCUCUCUGAAUUCUCACUGAAGAAAUUCUAACGCGCUCUCUUCUCUCAGAAAUUGCACUGCGGAAAACGCCAUUAACACUAUUCUUUCUCUCUUUCAUUGUUUCUCAAUUUUGCGUUUUCCCCUUUUCUUGUAUUCACUUUUGUAGUAAUCGUUUGAGUAUCCAAAGAUUUUAAUUGGCUGGGUCUGUAUCUAUGGAUGCAGGGAGUAGAUACAACAACAAGUUUCGCCGUCCUCUCUUUACUCCGAUAUCUCACAAGAAAACUUCUCGAGAGAAUUUGGACAGGUUCAUUCCCAACCGUUCUGCGAUGGAUUUCGACUAUGCACAUUACAUGCUCAGUGGUGGAAAGGUUAAAAAGGAAAAUUCUGGAGUAAACUCUGCAUCUAAAGAAGCCUACACAAAACAGUUAGCAGAAAUUUUUAACAUGAAUAGAACAAGGAUCCUUGCUUUUAAGAAUAAGCCUCCUCCUUCAGCUGAGAGAGUUUCUAAAUCUCCAUCACCUAUUCAACAGUCAAAGACCACUAAAAAGAGGAGAUUCAUUCCCCAAACUGCUGAGAGGACGCUGGACGCUCCUGAUAUCCUGGAUGAUUUUUAUCUCAAUUUGUUAGAUUGGGGAUGCAGUAACAUUGUCGCCAUUGCCCUAGGAAAUUCUGUAUAUCUGUGGGACGCUUCUGAUGGUUCUGUUACUGAGCUUCUCUCGGUUAGUGAUGAUUUAGGGCCAGUUACUGGUGUCAGCUGGGCACCAGAUGGAAGACAUCUUGCAUUGGGCUUGAAUAAUUCCCAUGUUCAGCUGUGGGACUCCCGUUCCAGCCGGUUGCUGAGGACUUUAACGGGACACAACUUAAGAGUUGGCUCUCUUGAUUGGAAUGGCCACAUACUGACAACUGGAAGCAUGGACACUAUGAUCAUCAACAAUGAUGUACGUAUAAGAUCCCACGUCGUUGGAACAUACAGGGGGCACAAUCAGGAGAUAUGCGGAUUGAAGUGGUCUGCUUCGGGCCAGCAAUUGGCUAGUGGAGGGAACGACAAUUUGGUCCAUGUAUGGAGUCUAUCUAUGGGGUCACUGAACUCUACACGCCAAUGGAUUCAUCGUAUGACGGACCACACAGCUGCUGUGAAAGCUAUUUCCUGGUGUCCUUUCCAGAGUAACAUGGUCGCCUCGGGUGGUGGUGUUGGCGAUGAGUGCAUUAAGUUUUGGAACACCAACACCGGGGCGUGCUUGAACUCUGUGGAUACAGGUUCACAAGUCUGUUUGUUGCUUUGGAACAAACACGAACGCGAGCUUUUGAGUUCUCAUGGCUUUACUGAUAACCAGCUGACAGUGUGGAAAUAUCCUUCGAUGACAAAAGUUGCAGAACUUUUCGGUCACACAUCAAGAGUUCUUCAUAUGGCUCAGAGUCCAGAUGGCUAUACUGUCGCGACUGCAGCAGCUGAUGAGACACUAAGAUUUUGGAAUAUUUUUGGGAAUCCUGAAGAGACUAAGCCUGUACCAAAGAGAAAACUAGAACCAUUCUUUGACUUGGCUCAGAUUAGAUAAAACUAUUAGGUAUGUGAUAACUGUUGGAAUGUAGUCACUGAGGAUAACUAUUGGCACAUUUUUAUCUUGCACCAUUCCGGUAACAAAGCUGCUUGGAGUGACAAGGGAAGAAUCGGUGAAGUCCAGACGUGAAAGUAGCUUGUUUAUACUUUGAUGGAUGUGGUUACCAAGUGGUGUAAUGACAUUUGAUGUAUUGCAAAAAUAGUGUUCAGAUUCUACUUGAACGAACCUUCUCUAGAUGAGUUUUGGCAAAUGUAUAGUAAGACUGUAUAAAAGUUAGUUUUGGGACCUUUAUAGUAUGUCAUUAUAAUGUAUUACCGUUAGUGUGAUCUUCUGAAAGUUCAUAAACUGAAUUAUGAUAAUUUUUGCAUUUGAUGUAUUAUCUUGUUUA